GUGCGGCCUGUGUAUUGACCGUAAUCCCAUCGAAGCCUAAGCGAUUGAAACGAAUAAAUAUAGCGUGCGCUCGAGCAUUCUUUUCAUUAGUCGUGUAUCACUCACACUUUACAACACGGUGUUCUUACCCAACAGAGAAAAAAAGAAAAAUUCAGUUCAGUUUGUGCUUUCGUUUGGAACACACUCUUCAUUUUGUGAAAAGUCUUGUCUAUUAUUGAUGGACACAAUUUUUUUUUUAUCUUUUCUGACGCGAUAUAAAUCGUCGCAGUGAUCGACAUCAUAGAAAAUAAAGAGUUAUAAAUUUUGCUGAGCAAAAAAAAAGAAUUAAAAGUGUUAAUUGAAAAAUAAAACUGAAAAAAGUGUGAAGCGACGCUAGCACAUCAAAUGAUCAAUUGAAUUUGUGGAAUUUGAAACAGUAAAACUAUACUUCGAUAUCCAAAGCUACACUAGCUACUAAAGAUGAGUAAGCAACAAAACAAAAUGGAAUUGGCUGAAAAGACGGCGGGAAGCAAUUAUACACUGAACAAUGGCUUCUUGGGAGAAAUGUCAUCACGAUUGCAAAUUUUGGACUGUGAAAAUGGCCGCAGCAAUGGCAAACCGAUGAAGAAGCAAUACGACCGAAGUGGCCAUGAGACUGGCGGCGGUGGCGCUGGCGGUCAUGGCAUCCAAUCUGAUCAUCCAACGUCAUAUGUUGAAACCCUCAUGCACUUGCUACGUGGAAAUAUUGGAGCGGGCGUGUUUGGCAUGGGUAGUGCUUUCAAAAAUGGUGGUAUUGUAUUGGCACCGUCGCUCACCAUCUUGAUCGGAUUGAUUGCAGUGCAUUGUCAACAUGUGUUGAUCACCUGUGCGAAGAGGAUGCGUGCAAUUCAGUGCAAUACAUCGGAAAAGAUUGAGGAAAUCGAAGAUCCCGAUUAUGCUCAAACGGUUGAACUCUGCUUUAUAAAUGGACCACCUAGGCUGCGUAAAUGGUCGAGAUUCUUUAAACUCCUCAUUAACAUCUUCAUUAGCGUGACACAAAUGGGUUUUUGCUGUAUUUACAUUGUGUUCGUUUCGACAAAUUUCGAGCAGCUCUGGAAUGCGUACGUGCCCAGCUAUGAAUAUAAUUACCUCGUGAAGUUUGGUCUGGUCUUGUUCCCAGUUCUGGCCAUUUCGAUGAUAACCGAGCUCAAGUAUUUGGCACCAUUGUCAACAAUUGCAAAUAUCUGCAUGGCCGCCGGUGUUGCGUUGACAUUCUUCUUUGCUUUCCAAGAUUUACCCGAUAUCUCUGAACGCACCUACGUUGGUGAACUGAAGAAUAUGCCGCUGUUCUUUGGCACGGCUAUUUUCGCAUUUGAGGGUAUCGCUUUAGUGCUGCCAUUAAAGAAUGCCAUGAAAAAACCGAAAUUAUUUGCCCGCCCAUCGGGUGUUCUUAAUAUUGGCAUGGUCUUCGUCGCUUCUUUGUUCAUCUUGAUGGGAUUCAUGAGCUACUGGAAAUGGGGAGAAGCUGUUGAAGGAACAGUCACUAUUAAUUUGCCAAAUGAUGAUCCAUUGGCCCAAACCGUAAAAUUCAUGGUUUCACUUGGUUUGCUGAUGACUUAUCCGUUACAAUUCUUUGUUGCAAUCCAAAUCAUGUGGCCACCCAUUGAAGAGAAAUUCGGCCCAUUGAAGCAUCCGCUCACCUCCCAACUCUUUUUCAGAGCUCUUUUGGUUCUUUUGACAUAUUCUUUGGGCGAAGUGGUGCCAGCGCUGGACGCAUUCAUUUCAUUGAUUGGUGCUCUUGGUUCAACUGGGUUGGCGUUGAUCGUCCCAGCUGUGAUUGAAUUGGUGUGUGCUUCGGGAACAUCGAGCGGAAUAAGCGGAGUGUUGCUUACAAAGAAUUCCAUCAUUUUGGUAGUAGCCAUGUUUGGUCUCGUCACUGGAACAUAUGAAAGUUUACACAAACUUGUCGAUGCCUUCUUUGGACACAAGGGAAGCAGUUAAAGUGAUACGAGUUCGUCUUAACUCGCUCGAUGUUGUUUUUUCGCUGUUAUUUGUAAAUCGUUGUUUAGCUCAACUAAGAAGACAUUGGAAGUGAUUAGUGGAUAAAUCGUGUGAUAUCCGAUAGAUAGGAAAAUAUUGCCUCAACGAAUAGGACAAAUUGUCCACAGACAAUAAAACAUCCAUUGAAUCACUUUUCGAGGGGACAUGAGCUACAUGAAAAAUCACAAGUGAUCUUCAUUCAUUUGCCAUCAAACAAAACAUUCAAUUCACCAUUCACCAUUUUGCCAAAUUAUCGAUUUUCAAACCGAAUUCGUUUUGCUCGAUCGCAAGUCAUAUGUAUGGUGAUAUUAGUACCUUAUUUAUGAACAGAAUAGGCAAUAAGCAUUAGAUUUACCAAUCGGAAACAAAAAUUACUUUUUAAGUGACAAAUUGAACCAAAACAAAAAACAAAAUCCCUAACAGAAUUUAUAAGCAUGAGUUAAGACAUUAUUUUAGUUGAAAUUGUUCCAAGUCCUGAAUUAGUCGUUUAAGUGUAGCAUGAAAUGGUCAAGUUAUUUUUUAACAUUUUAUUGUAUUUUAAAACAUGAACAAUUAAAAACAAAAACAAUUUUAAAAACAUUCUAAAUGAUGAAAUCUGAACUAAAAAUAGAAGAAACGUCGUGAAAAUCCUCGUAAAUAGUUUUGGUUGGAUUUCACUUCCUAGAAGUAUUGAAUUGAGUUGAGUUGAAUUAGAUUUCGUUUAACCCUUGAUGAACUCUGUGUCAUCUGUUCAACAACAUACUGUCAUUACAACAUGACAAAAGGAUAUUAGAACACACAAGAGAAAAAAUAACGUGCGCAUUUUCAUAUGUAUGUGUUAGUGUUGCGUCAAUACGCAAUAAUUUGGUUGGAAUAUACGAAUCAAGUAAAAAUGGUUUCGAAAAAUAUGGUAAAAAUCAAAGAUUUCGUUCAAGUUCAAUUUAAAGAGGAUUUGUUUUUAGAAUAGAAAUGAAAAAUUAUCAACAUUUAGUUAAGAAAUCAACUGAAUUGACUCUCAAUUUUCCUCUAAUUUAUUUCUUUAAAUCAAUCAUAAAAUUGCACUUGAGCCCGGAAUGACAGUUAAGCAAUACUUACGAAAUCAAAGAAAGAAUAUCUCUCAAUCAAGUAAACACUCUCAGCUUAUACAAACCUAAUUGUCGAAUGUCCCCUGAAAAUUAAUUUUCAAACAGUUUUAUCGAAUUAAAUUUCAUUCCAGUUUCAAAAAGCCAGUUUCAAUGAUCAAAAGGUUCAA